GUGAUCGUUUUCGGGAUGAAGAGAACUGCGGUAAGGGGUGAGGAGCGUGUUCUUCUUCGCGCACGGUGGCUACGGCCUAUCACGGAAGCGUGAUCGUUUUCGAUUACUGCGGCAGCUUCGUCUUAUGAUUUCGUACGUCCCUCGGCGUGAUGCGGCCGACCACUACGCGUGGAAUUGUUGGGCAGGGGGGAAUGGAAGGCCUCCAGCUCAACAGCAUCCUAACGUAAUGGCGGCAGCAGUCGAUGACGAAACAAAGGAAAUGCGUGAGUAUUUCCGGGAGAAGAUUAGGAAGAGGAAACUUGAGGAGGAGAGGAAGGGGAGGGAAAAGGAGGAUAAACGGCGGAGAGAGGAGAAAAACAGGAGGGAACAGGAAAGGAUGAGGGAGGCAGAUAUGAGAGAGGCUCGAUUAGAGGCUAAGCUGGUUCGUAUGCUUGCGCAACAUAAUCGGUCGAAUGCGAAGGCAGAGAGCUCCUGGGUUAAGAAGAAAUCACCUAGAAUGAAAGCUAGAGUCAUUCGAGAAAUACGCAGUUAUUUGGAUGAGUCCGAGGACGACAGCAAGGAGGUUAAAGAGGAAGUAGGGAAGCUUGUUGAGGCUAUCGAGAGAAGGAAGGGGAAGGCCAAGAUGCUUGGGGAGGAAGGAAGGAUUUCGAGAAUCCCGAGGCGCGGGAACAGGGGCGACCCGGUAAGGAUCGACGAUGACGAAGAGAUUCGGACACCUCCGCCUGUUAAGAAGGAACCAGAGGUGGGCAUGGCGGACCCCAGGAUGCUGGAUUUUGUGAUUGAAAUGCAUAGGCACCUGUCGGCUAAGAAGGUGCCCGAGUUGCGAAAGCUAUGUAACGAGGAGGGGAUCGAGUGGUCACGAAAGGAUGUAGCUGUCGGGGAGCUUGUGAAGUGCAGGGCAAAACUGGCCUACGAGGAGUUCAGCGAAAGCGGAAGGAUUUCUCCGUUGUUUGAGAAGUGAAGGAGGUCAGUAUGGAAGAGGUGAAGAGGAUUAUGUUAGCACGGGGAGGGAGGGUGAAUGAUCACCGGGAGGUAUUGAAUACAGUCCAGGAAGAUCAGAUAUUUAGGAUAUUUCUCUUGUGUGUUAUCCGAGGAGAUUGUCUGUGGGGAAGGAAGUGGGUGGGUCUGGUUAGUGGUGAAGAAGGGGAGCUUUCUACACGAGAUCCAGGGGUGUAUGCAUUAGUAAGCCCAUGGUAUCGACAUUUCUACAUCGGUUGCCCACGCAGACCGUAAUCAAGAGGUGGUCCGAUC